UAUAGGUUAUGUUAUGUUAGUUCGCAUUCCGACAAUGCGCAGCGGUUAGAGUAGGUUCUUCGGUAGUUUUGUUACAAAAGAAAAAGAGUUACAAAAUGUUGUGUAGAUCUUGUAAAUAUAUUUAAAAAUCUUAUAAAUAAACAUAUUCCGAUAUUUCGACGAAGAUCUACAGAUUUGUUGAUUGUUAAGUUGUAAUAAUAUUUAUAGAGUAAAUAUGGUGAAGUUAAUUGUAUCAAGGAUACAUUGUAUGACAUUUACAUCUUUGCGAUGUUUCUCAGCAAAACCAAAAGUCAUACUUGAUGAGACAAUCUCUUCUCUGUUGCAUACUGAGGAUAUGAAGCAUAAGAAACAUCCAGGUAUUAUUAGGCCAAAGACACCAGUAUUUCCUAACUGGGCGUCAAAAGAAAUAUCUGAUAUUUUGAAAGACCACCAGGUAUCUUUCAGUGAAAUUAGGACAAGUGCACAGAUGUUGCUCAAUCAUUUGAAUAAUCGUUGUCCACCACUACAAGAAGCAAAGCUACAUGAAAAGUUAUUAAGAGUGGAAGAACGUUUGAAUGCUAACAGCAACAAAAAAAUACACAUAGAAGAUAUAGAUUUCAAUAAAAACCACAAAGCCAGAAAUAUCUUGAAACAGAGUAUCUAUAAUUGGCAACCAAUAAAUUUUGAUAAACUCACUUGUCUGACAUACAUGGUAAGCAGAACUGUUCAAAAUUAUGCAGUUUUGAGCAAAAUUCUAAAUGAGAUUAGAGUACGUGAUGAGGAUUUCAAGCCUCAGACUUUGUUUGAUUUUGGCUCUGGUCUUGGUACAGUCAUAUGGGCAGCAUCAGAGAUUUGGUCAAAUUCACUAAAGGAAUACUUGUGCAUAGAGAUAUCGAAGCCAAUGAUUGAAUUUUCUGAGAGAUUAGCAAAAGCUGCUAAACCCAAGAUCAAAAAUAUCUUUUAUCGAGAAUAUUUACCUGUAUCCAUCAACCCUACCUAUGACAUCGUAGUGAGCGCACAUUCUUUGUUCGAGUUACCUGGUACAGAGGCUCGUCUUGAGACGAUAUUAAACCUCUGGCAGAAAACUGAACGCUACCUCGUUAUUGUAGAACAAGGAACCAAUGCAGGAUACAAGCUAGUGAAUGAAGCGCGAGAUUUUAUCCUCAAAUAUACGAACUCAAGAUUCAAGCGUAAUAUCCGAAACGGCUAUGUAUUUUCACCAUGCCCGCACGAUUUGAAGUGUCCGAGGUUCGCUGGCAGCAUUCCGUGCAACUUUGAAGUUUUAUACAAUCCGUUGCCGUUUCUCAACAAGAAGGAACACGAAUCGGAGCUUUAUUCCUAUGUUGUGAUAAAAAAAGAUAAACGUCCUGAAAACGACGAGCAGUGGCCGAGAAUCGUGCGACCUGUGUUGCAUCGUAGCGGACAUACGAUUUGCCGUAUGUGCGUCGCUAGUGGCAAACUGAAAGAAGAGGUCUUUACAAAAAACAAAAGCGGGAAGCACAUAUAUUAUUGCGCAAAAAGAAGUAAUUGGGGCGACAGGUUACCUAUACAUUACGAGGAACCAGAGGAUACUUUGGAAGGACAUGAGAUGACUAAUGAAGAAACCAAUCGAAAAUAUUUGAGACGAACACAUGGGACGAAGAGGGGCAUUUAAAAGCGGAACGACCGCUGGUCCACUGUCAGUACCGCUUAUACAACGGACGAGAAAAUUUCUCCAGAAACCAAGAAAACAAG